GCGCGUUCGGGGCCGGAGUCCUCGCGCGAACUUCAAUCAUAACAACAUUGGAAUGUAGGAAACAUACGUUGGGAGCUGGUGCUGUGGCAGGGAACAGGACCCAGCCGACGCAGCCUGUUGGCCACGGAGGGGCGGGCGCAUUUUGUGGUGUUUUGUCAGGGCCCCACCACUGAAUGCAUGAAUCGGCUUUGGUACCGAUCGGUCGCGGGUGCCCCGCAGGCAUGGGGGAGUCGGGCGAUGAGGAGGUGCAGGCCGUGGAGAAGCCCGUGGAGGUGGCGGGCGAUGGCGAGGGCGAGACGGCGGAGGAGAAGCCCGCGAAGAAGCGGCGGAGCCGGUGGGGGCAGGAGCCCGAGCCCGCGCCGAUGCCCGACGUCCUCGCGUUGGCGCCGCUGCCGUCGGGGGUCAACCCCGUCACGGGCAUGGUCGGAGUCACGCAGCUGCCCGCCCCGGGGGAGAGCUCUGCAUCGGCGCCAGGAUCGGAUGCUCGGGGGCGGCCACGAGGGGGGAAGUCACUCCUGCCUGGGGUCACUCUCGCAUGCAGCCGACCAGGAUACGCUGCGGCGGGCGGCGCCAACAUGGACCUCUCCGCCGCUGCGCAGGCGGCACGCGAGGCGCUCGAGAAGGCCAAGAGGGCCGCCAUGUUCCAGCGGCAGAUCCAGGAGCAGAUGAACAAGCUGAAGAGCCAGGGCUUGGCCGCCGGCUUCCUGCCCGGGGAGGGCCCGAAGGCACGGAAGUUGAUACUGGACGAGUUCGGCCGCGAGCUGGACGACGACGGCAACGUUGUGCCGAUGAAGCCGCAGGUAGUCAGCACCUUGAAGGUGAACAUCAAUCGCGAGAAGGAGGCGCGCCUCCAGAAGAUCCUGGGGCUCAAGAAGGAGGGCGGGAGCGAGAAGGACUUCUUCGAUCCAACGCUGAAGGUGCAGCAGCGAUUCGAGCGGCAGAAGCGGAAGACCUUCAGGUUCAUUGACGAGGGCGCACUCGUUCAAAAGGAGCAGCGAUUGGUGAAGAAGAUGCAGGAGAAGGUAUUGGGCGUGGACAAGAAGGAGGACAAGAAGAAGAAAGAGGAAAAGAAAGAGGAGAAGAAGAAAGAGGAGGCUGAGCCCGAACCGAUCAUCAAGAAGAUCGAACCCAAGGUCAUGAGGCGCGAGCCGAUCCCAGACGUGGAGUGGUGGGACAUGCCCUUCUUGAAGGAGGACAUGAACGGCCAGAAGAGGGCGUACACGGAGGUGAACGUCGAGAAGAUCACGCCAUACGUGGAGCACCCGAUACCUAUCAAGAUCACCACCGAGAAGGAGGCGCCAGAGGCGGUGAUGAUGCACUUGACGCCCAAGGAGCGCAAAAAGCUGCGGCGCCUGAAGCGGCAGGAGCGCACACAGGAGAUCCGAGACAAGAUCAAGAUGGGCAUUCUGCAGCCGCCGCCCCCCAAGGUGAAGAUGAGCAAUUUGAUGCGAGUCCUCGGCGACGAGGCCAUCGCGGACCCCUCCACCAUCGAGAGGAAGGUAAGGCAGCAGGUAGAGCAGCGGCGCAGAGAGCACGAGCAGCGCAACGAGGCCCGCAAGUUGCCGGCCGAGGAGCGCAAGGCCAAGAAGAAGCAGAAGUGGAUGGCCGAGACGGAGCCGACCACGCAGGUCCUGGUGUUCAAGAUCAAGGACCUCGCGAACAAGAGGCACCUGUUCAAGAUAGACAUGAACGCUCAGCAGUUUCACCUCACGGGCUGCUGCGUCGCGUGCCCAGGCGUGGCGAACAUCGUGAUCGCCGAGGGCGGGCCCAGGGCCAUCAAGCGAUACAAAAAGCUCAUGGUCAGGCGCAUCAAGUGGACGGAAGACCAGAAAGACGACGACGAUGACGAGGAUGAGGACGACGAGGAGGUCACCGCACCUAAGCUGCAGGACCAUUGCGUGCUGAUAUGGGAGGGCGUGGUGAAGCAGCGGAACUUCAAGAAUUGGAAGGUCAGCCACACGAGGUCGGAGCAGGAGGCCAGAAAGACUUUGGCCGACAGGGGUGCGGAGCACUACUGGGAGAUGCUCGCGCGCCACCGCGACCCGCGCAUGGAUAUCUGAGGCGGCACAGACCCGGGCCGAGCGUGGCCUUCAGCGGGGAGGCAAGGAUCCAGAGAAGGCGCGCGUGUGCGCGUGUGGAUUCGGAGGAAUGUAUCGAAGCCGCCGAGGCUCGAGCCUGGAAGUCUGUAUCGACAUGUUCUAGAGCCAGGCAAUGUUGAAAAACAAGUGCGUCAUCACAGCGUGAGAGCUUCUUGGUCUCAUCGAGCGGUUGCCGAGCCACCUGCUCCUUCUGAUCCUCUGGCGGGCGAGGGCGAGGGUGAGGUCGAUAGGGGAA